CAGGGAAGUGUCUUCUUAAACUGAUCAAGACGAGAAGAUUCGGCGAAACAGGCUGGACCAUUUGAACGAUCUCGCGGUGACAUCCAGGACGACAUGGCCACAAAGAUCGCAUUUUUUCUACUAUUGUCGGUUCUUUUCGUGGGAUCGUUGCACGCUAUUCCCGGUAGACUCAGUGACGACUGUCCAAAUUGUGUGGACGAGCAUACCGGUAGCUUGGCGGCUUCAAGAUGGACGAUGCCCCUGCUGAAGCUGGGCGAGAAGAGGUACUAUCUGGGGAUCUUCUUCAAGGUAUCGCUCCUGCCAGUUACGCUGAUUUAUCUGGCCGAACCGUCGACCCGACUCCCUCUCUCUCUCUCUUUCUCUCUCUUUCCUUCUCGGACUUUAUCAAAUUAUUUCCGAGGUCGUAACUUUCCGGCUUUGCCGUCACGGACGAGACAGAGACAAUACGAGAAUGGCGAAGAGGAGCAUUGCCUGGAGCUCUGGAACAGGGACGGCAAAGGUCUCAAAUGGAACGACAGUCCCUGCAGCUUCGAGACUUUCUUCGUCUGUGAAGUGCAAUGAGUUUGUGUGAAAGGCAAGGGACGGGAAGAACUAUAUGUGCGAGGGAGCAUUCGCGCGAUGGUGGCGUAUCCUCUGGAUGAUCCUCGAGAAAGCUGCGUGUAACAUUCUUGUUGGUCAUCCGUUUGUUUUGGCGGACUUAGUAAGAGAGAAAGAGAAAAAGAGAGAAAGGGAGAGAAAUUUGAAAUGUGACAUGUGCGCUCGGACUGAAAACUACGUGCGAUUAGCCAGUCGCUACCGUUGUCACGUUCGCGCAUCCGACAUUUACGUGUGCGCGAAAUGACAUCCGGUUCAGUCAGUUCUUUCCGUAAAAGUAUCACCAGGCGACAGACCGAGCGUCAGAUAAAUCCGCAAUGUCGGACGAUAAAAACGAUUCGCUCAUCUUUUGUGCAGAAGCGGUUCUCUGGAGGGAUACUGUAUUAUAUGCAAUAUAUUUCGGGAUCCUUGCAUAUUUUUAAAAGAUCUUUUAUUAUAAAUUCAAAAGCAAAUAUAUAAUUGUA